AUGGACCUCCUUCGAGACAAAUGCCAUGCGUCCGAAGCGAGCACCUGCUCCAGCCCCGACGCUGGCGCCGGCGUGGGCGCGGGAGCGAGCGCGGGUCAGCCACACGCCGCUCACUCCUCGCAAGCCACCCGCUCCCGCGCCGACCGUCCAUGCGACACCUGCCGCAAGAGGAAGUCGAGAUGCGUCAAGGAGCCCGGCCAGGACAAGUGUGUUCUGUGUUCCUUCCACCGUCGCGCCUGCACGUAUCUCGACGAGCCUCAGCGUAGGAAGAGGCCAAAGGCUGACAGCCUGGCAAGCAUCUCCUCGACCCCAGAGCACCGCAGGCAGAGCUCCGAUCCCACGCAUUUCAAGUACAUCGGCCCAAGCUCUGUGUACGAGGGACAGCUCCUGGACGUCUUGCACGGCCUGGUGGAUCAUGGCGCUGAUGACACAACACCGAAAUUCCGCCGCGCCGAUACUAGCACCACCUUUCUGUCGCGGCCAGAUUCCAAGUCUCUCUUCAGCGCCGACGACGACGAGGACCUCGAUUACCUCGCCGCCUUCUACCUCAUCGCAAUGGACUGGUGGGAGUACGAUCCUGAACUGUCGUCCAAGGACAAGCCGGACGCCACGGCGCUGCUCAAGGUGGCCAUGACGACCCUCGCCGCCGUGAUACACCGACCAAAGCUCUCGACGGUCCACGCAGGCUUGCUGCUGCUGCAGAGGUCAGGAGGGGACUCGUGGGUGCUGACAAGCCAGGUGGUCGCGCUUGCUGAGGAGCUCGGCUUACACGUCGACUGUUCCUUGUGGAACAUACCAGACUGGGAGAAGGGGCUGAGGAGGAGGCUGGCAUGGGCCGUCUUCAUGCAGGACAAGUGGAGUGCCUUCACCCACGGCCGACCGUCUCACAUCACCCCGGGCUCCUGGCGCAUCCCUCAGCUGUCGCUUGACGACUUCCCGGAAUCAGCCGCUGACGAUGACGGCAAGGACGGGAGCACAGAUGUUGAGACGGGGCGGCAGGUCUUUAUCCACCUCACACAUCUGACCGAAAUAAUGGCAGGGACCCUCGAGUCUCUGUACGGCCCAAACCAGAUGCGCACAGAGAGCGUCUACGCCCAGCACGGUGUACAGGGCCUGAUGAAUAUGGUGAAGCCCAUGGUCAGAAGGCUCGAGGCCUGGGCCGAAGAGAUCCCCCCGGGCCUGGAAAUGGACUCGACCAAACCAAGGAGGCUCUGCUCAAACGGCAACCUCCACCUGUCGUACUUCAUCACCGAGAUCAUGAUCUACCGCUUCAUCCUGCGUCGAGUGACUCCCGACACCCUGCCUGCGGUCCGAGAAAUCGCCCGCGAGGCAGGCAAGGCAUGCCUCGAGAAGGCCAUGAGCUUUGUCGAGUGUCUCCGUCCCGAGCAUCUGCAGGCCUUCUGGUGGUCCGCAGCGCCAAAGUCUCUCGCCCUCAUCAGGUCAUUCGGCGGGCUACUCUGGGCAACCAGCAGCACCGAGAUGGAGGCCGGCUUUUACCGGCAGAAGCUGAUAGACUUCCAGUGGAGCUUGAAGGUGCGGUCCAGGGGCGUCGGCUUCCUCACUGCCGCCAUCCGAGAGGUGGAGGAUUCCCUGGAUGGCCCCGACAUGGCCCACUCGCCAGUUCCAAGCAGUAGCAAAUCACUGUAUCAUUCGUUGGAAGAGAUUAACGCUACAGAGAUGCCACCGCACUCGCAGGCGCACUCUUUCCCUCGGCAGAAUCUUGCCCGCAUGAAUGGACCCUUGCCAACGCCCCCACAAAUCUCGCCUGUUGAGCAGGCCACACCGCGGGUUGCGCCCUUUGACCCAGCCAUGUACGAUCAAGCCCAGCUGGGGCAUGGCCAGCUGGAUCCCUCAACGCUCAGCUUCAGCAUCAUGGACCUUGAUCCUGCUGCGAGGCAAGUGUAUAUGGAUAUGACCGGACAGGCUCUCUUCUAUACGGAUAUGCCCAUGUCUAAUCCGUGA